AUGUCUGAUAGCAUCAAGGUGGCGGUGAGAUUGAGAAAGCCUUCAGCUUCAGAGUCGAACAACUUUCUUGUAGCACAUGUACAGUCCGAAAACUAUAUAGAUAUCCAAUCCAGCAAGAAAGACGAUCUUAAAAGGUUCGCUUUCGAUCACUGUGCGACGUACUCGAAUGAUGUGGAACAAGACCAGGAGCAGCUGUAUAGUUUUUUAGCUAGAGAGUAUCUACUACACGCGUUGGAUGGCUACAAUACUUGCAUAUUCGCAUAUGGUCAAACAGGCUCAGGGAAGUCGCACACGAUGUCAGGAACAGCCGAGAAUCCAGGAAUAGUGCCCAGAAUGUGCCAAGAACUCUUUGAAGUGAGAAACCUGUACGAGCUGUCCGAUGAUCAAGUACAUCCACAGUUUAGCAUCAAAUGUUCCUAUUUCGAGAUCUACAACGAGACUGUGCGCGAUUUGCUUGGGGAAUGCAAGUGCAAGGUUCGGGAGCGGGCAGACAAGACUACUUUCGUGGAGGGACUUCGAGAAAUUGAAGUUUUUGAGGUCAACCAGAUACUCGACUACUUCGAGCAGGGCAACAGGAGGAGAGUUACGGGUGCGACUCAUGUAAAUGAACAGUCCAGUCGGAGCCACGCAAUCUUCACAAUACAGGUUGAUCAGCGGGAAACCACGCCGUUGGGUCAUAUUUUGGAGCGGGUAUCCAGCAUAAAACUGAUUGAUUUGGCAGGCAGCGAAAGAGCAAAUGCGUCAAAAACCACCGGUGAGCACCUUAAAGAAGGAUCCAAUAUCAACCGGUCUUUAAGCACCCUUGGAAGAGUGAUAUCGAUGCUCUCCAAGCCGAAAAGACCUCUGUUAAUUCCAUACCGAGAUGCAGUCCUGACUUGGGUUUUGAAGGAAAGUCUAGGCGGAAAUAGUAAGACUUGUAUGAUUGCAUGCGUUUCGCCCUGUGACUACGAAGAGACCAUGUCAACAAUCAGAUACGCUACCCUGGCACGUAGUGUGCGGACCUCUGCAAAAUUAAAUUCCCACGAACUUUCCGAUGGAAGGGAGCAGGUUCAGGUUUUGCGAACACAGCUCGAGGAAUUACAAAAAGCUCUGUCACAGGUAGAAGACCAUCGCGCGAUAGGUGAAAAAAUGGAAAAGAUCAAUCUCACCAAUCAGUUUCUCGAGUUGCGCAUUGAGCGCGAACAAAAUUUGGCAGUGAAAUAUUACGACCAAUGGGUAGAGGCGGCAGAUUCCCGGGAUAAACUGAUGCAAUUACUGGGAGGCAUAGUUACUAGCAUGCAGGAUACGCAAGCCACCGGUGUACGGAAAAAACUGGAAAUGCUGAAAAGCAGAUCUACAGAACUGGGCUCCAAGAUAGAUGCCAAUUGCAGCGACAUACAGGCUACGGUUAAUAUUCUGAACGUUGACAAAAGCGUUCAGAUACCAACAGCAGCUGACGAGAGCUAUCAUUGA